AUGGGUGAAUUAGACACUUAUAUACCAAUGCUCAUCUUAAACUCAAUCGCUAUCGUUUGCAACGCGAUUACGGUGAUCGUCAUCAUCGCAAGCAAGACGCUAAGAAAGACGCAAAACAUCUUUCUUUGGAACAUUGCCUUCUCCGACUUUGUAGCAACCUUCAUGACGGUUUUCACGCUCCUGUACCGUCACUUCACACGGGAAUACAUCUCGGAUCAAACGGGAGUGUUGAUCCGGGUAUCCUAUCUGACUGGAAUCUGCAGUACUGUCUCGGUGGCUCUCCAUCGAAUUUUCGUGAUCCGCUUCGAUCCGUUCAACACACGUAAACUUUUCACCGGACCACGCUGUAUCUUCGUCUGUAUCAUCUUUUGGGCUGUUCUCCUAACCUUCUCGUUUGCGAUCCAAGCCUUCGCAAGACAGACUUACUUCGCCGUUUCUGCCAUUCUGCCUCUAGCCACGUUUGGAGCGCACUGCCUCAGCGCCGUUUGCUAUGCCGUUGUCUACAUGACUAUUUCGGGUGCAGCUCGCAAGGCUGGACUCUCAGGCGACACGUUGGAACAGCGGGUCAAGCAGAACAAGAAGGUCCUGAUGACUUUCGCCCUCGUCGUUGGAACCAACAUCCUCUGCUGGACGCCAUUUUGUGUCCGUUUGAUCAUCGGUUAUGUGAGGCCCGAAUGGAUCGUACCAGUAAGCUACCCUUACCCUGAUCCAACAUUGUGGUUUAUUAGACUAGAAAACGCUGCACUUUGCUUUCAAGGUGUCAAUGGAAUUUUGAAUCCGUUAAUCUAUUUUACCCGGUUGACCGGGUUUCGUCAGCUGCUACGUGAUACAUGCUUUCGAAAUAGGCAAACCACCGAGAAUGGCGACAUAUCAUCCUCAAAAGCCCAAACAAAGGAAACUACAGUCGAAAAUGGCGAGAAGAUUUAA